GAUCUAUUCUUAGUAUUUAAUGGCCAAUGUGGCUGCCACCUCAUCGUGAAUGUCGUGAUGCUGUGGAUGUUAUGUGAGCGUAGAACUUUUUCUUGGUGACACGGAACAACAUCUCUUUUCAAGGUGAUUGUUGAGCCUAAUGACUAAAAUGGUUCAGGCUCACGUGAAGACUUUCCUGACGAUUUUAUUAGUCGUCCAGGUUCAUGGCAUCAUGUUCUUCCUGGAGCCCAACAGUCACAAGUGUCUAAAAGAGGAGGUCCACGCAAAUGUACUCGUCACGGGCGAGUACGAGGUAUCCGAGGCGAUGGGUCAGAAGGCGAAUUAUGUGAUUCAGGACUCCAAAGGACAUAUAUUGUCUCAAAAGGAGGAUAUUCCCCAUGGGAAGCUGUUGAAGUUCUCUUUUGUAACAGAAACCUAUGACACUUUUGAGAUAUGCUUCAUUUCGCGCGUUCCAAAUCAUCAACGUGGUAUCAGGCAAGAAGUUACGCUGAUUACAAAACGCGGCAUUGAAGCAAAGAGUUACGAAGGCUUGAUCGGUGAAGCAGCCAAGUUGAAACCAGUAGAAGUGGAAUUGAAACGAUUGGAAGACUUGUCCGAGGCGAUAGUGCAAGACUUCGCCAGAAUGCGUAAGAACGAAGAAGAAAUGAGAGAUACAAAUGAGGCCACAAACACUCGAGUAUUAUACUUCAGUUUAUUUUCGAUAUUUAUCCUCUUCGGUUUGUCCACUUGGCAACUCUUCUACUUCCGGCGCUUCUUUAGGAUGAAGAAACUCAUUGAAUAAAUACGUUUGUGACAAAUAAUAUAAAUGUAAAAAAUAUACUUAUUUUUGUUUGAA